UAUUUCUUUUGUUUAAAUAUUUUGUUUUUGCAUUUAAAAAAAAAUGUUCAAAUUAUGUAAAAUAUUUGUUUUAUAAAUAUUUUUAUAGGUUUGUUGGGAAUACGGAAUGAAUUUCUGUAUGGUUAAGUGGACUUGUAAACUAAACGGUUAUUUUAGUAAAAAUAUCGGGGGUUUCACGAACAAUUUAAUUGGAUUUAAUAAAAUAAUUUUAGUUAAAAAUUAAACUAAUAUUUUUGGAGAAAAAUUUGAUUUUUCACAUUUUGAGUGAAAAAUCAGGUUUUUAGUAAAAAAAUCUAGUAACGAUUUUAAUAUACAGCAAAGCAAGCAACCUAUUGUUAAUGAAAAAUUAAAUUUUCGGCGAAAAUUUUGAACUCUUGAAAAUCGUAUUUUUAGUGAAAAAUUUAAUAUUUUGAAAAAAAAAGAAAACAGUUAAAUUUGUGUGAAAUAUUGGUUGGGAUUUGACCACAAUAAUAGAUACUGUUGAUUCGUUCUAUUAGGGAAUUUAGUAGUGUCGAAUUAAGAUCAUUCAUCAUUUCCAUCCAGAUCGGAAUUAUUUAUAUCCUACACCACGAUAGUGGGGAGGGUAUUAGGCGUUUGUGCUGAUUGUUCCUACACCCACCUUGUGCUCACGCUAGAGAUUGAAAUUUUCAAGAUAAUUUAAUGAAGUUAGGCACAUACUCUUCUUUUGAUCCAAGGAAUUCUAUCCAUUAUUUUGCUUAGCACAACCGUUCUACUCGAAUGGGGCUUUUGGGCUUUAAUACCUUUACCCCCAUAUGAGAUCUUUUAUAUAAUUUUUUUCUUUUUUAAAAAAAUAUAUCUGAUUUGCAGAAUUAAGUUAAAAAACAAGUUAAAUACUCCGUUAUUUGAAAAUAAUUCACAAAAAUAAUUUCACACACAAAUACAGAUUCUCCGCAUAGAAACCUUAUUUUUGUUCAACACCAAGUAUGAAAAAAUUCUAAAUUUCGGAAAUUAUUCUAAAUAUAUGUUGGUGCUUUGUUAUUUGAAAUUACAUAAGGGUUAAAAAGUUAGUGAUUUCUUUAAUUACAAUUUAAUAGCAUUUAUUCAACGUUAAUAGCAUGUAUUAACAUUUAAGUCCCUUUUCUAUAUUAUAUCGCUAGUUCUAUACGUAAAGUCUUACGUAUCAACGUAAAAUCCCAUAGUCUAAAGGUACUUUUAGCCGUUAGCGUUCAACUAGAGUUGCAAUAGAAAGGUCUUACUAAAACAAUAUCACAGAUGUGCUAAAAACGUACAAAAUACUAACUUUUAGUAAACAACUAUACGGCAAUUCUAUUUAAUUAUAAAGGAUGCCACUGUUUAACAAAAAUAACUUCAAAUUCCAUGAAAAUAUUAAAAAUAAACUGGAACUGAUAAUUUUUAUAUCAAAAAUUACGUUAAAUAUAUUUAUAUUAAAUAUAGAAAAGCAUUUUUUAAUUAUUUCUCUUUAAGGCAAAUAACUUGUAUAGUUUUACUAAACUAAAUGUUGAACUUUCCCAAAGCCGGCUCUACCGGCAAACCAUUUUCUAGAUCUUAUUGAUCUGGCAUCCCAUGACUUUGUUUAGCAGUUCGCGCGUUUUUCUGUCAUUUUUCAGAAACAUUUUUUUAUUUGCUGUAGCUUUAUUUAUUUUUUCGUGCUAAAUAAAGUGGAAUAAAUCUGGUGUUUUUAUUAUUAUUUUAAAUUUUAAUUAUUGUUAUUUACUUUGAAUUGUAAAAAAUCUCAAGUGCAAGAAAGAUUUGCGAAUAAUGCGCAAUUCUACAAGUGGUAGUACACCGAAAACAAAUACGGUCCAAGAUGAUAGUGUUUCCACAAACAACAAUGCAGAAAAAACUAGUGCCAAAAAAUUAAAACAAGCACGGCUACCAUUUAAAGUUAUUGCCCCUGGCACAUCGCCGGUUGGCUCAAAAACCACUGCAACACCACUAACAACUGCAGGGGACAAGGAUAAAGAUAGCCAUUCUACAGAUGGUAGAAAGCGUAAACUGUCUUAUGAUGAAACCGAUGAUGAUGUUGCUGGUGGUGCCGUUGUUGUUAUUGAUGCUGACGAUAAUGUAAGCAAAGAAAAUGUUGAAAUUUUAAAGGCGGCAACUAAGAAAAAGAAGACCAACAACAAUGAACACACCACAUCGGAGGUUGUUGUCUCACUUUUGGAUGAUGAUGACGAUGAUGACAUUGAAGGUGAAACCAAUAAUGAAGAUGUUAAUAAUACAUCUGUUAUUAGUGCUGUGGGCAAAAAAGAUUUAGCUUUAAAGACUCCUAAAGCUACUGCUAAAGACAAACGAAACGGUGCAGGAACACCACAAACAUCUAGCGCUCAAAAGGACAAAAAUGGCAGUGCCUCAAAAUUACAAAUUAAAUUACCCUUAAGUGCUGGCAAAAAGAAACGUAGAAAAUCAAAACUACAACAAUUGUCGUCACUCAACAACUCAACAGCAGAAGGUUCUCAUAAUCACUCGACACAAGAAUUAUCGAGUGAUGAUAUUGAGGAAAUUGCUGUUGAACAAAAUCCUCAAAAACGUAAAAAAUUAAAUACAGAAUAUGAUGUGGAUGAUGGUGAUAAAACAAAAAAUGUCAAAUCUAAGAGUGAUGAACAGGAACAGGAAGUUGAAACCAUUGCCUUAGACUCUGAACCCGAAGAGAAGAAGACAGAAGAGGAAGAAGUAAAAGGCAAAACAACUGCAACAACAAAAGCAUUAAGUGGAAAAGAUAAUUCAAAGAAGGAAAGUUCCAAAAAGCCUUUCGAGCAAAGUAUUAAAAACUGGACAGUCAAUAAAACUACCCACAAAGAAAAAGAAACCAAACAAGAACUCAAUAAUAAAACUUCUCCACAAACUAAAAAACAAUCACAAGAAGAAUCUUCCGAAGAUGAGGAUAAAGAUGAAAUACAAAAAAUUUCCAGUUCAUCAGAUGAGGAAAAAGUCGAAAACCCUGAAAACGAUAAAGAAGAAGAGUUAGACGAAAGUGUUCUAAGUGACAAUGACAAUGAGGCCGACGACGAAAGGGAUCAUUUAAAUGGCAAGGGCGCUAAUAAUUCAUCUGAUAUGAGUGAGAGUUCCAAAACAAAACACAACAGUACUCUAGAAUCGCUUAAGGAUGGUAAGUCCAUGAAGUCUACGUCUACGAAAAAUCAAACACCAAAACAAGCUAAGCUUAUGGAACAAAGACGAAAAGCACGUGAAGAGAAAGAACGCAAACUGCAGGAAGAGAAACAGAAAAAACAACAGGAGAAAGAAGAAAAAGAAUUGGCCAAAAAACGUGAACGCGAGGAGAAAGAAGAACAACGUCGCAAAGAGCGUGAAGAAAAAGAAGAACAAAAGCGCAAAGAACGUGAUGAAAAAGAACGUAAACGUCUGGCCGAGUUGGAGGUUAAAAAUGAAGAAAAACGUAAAAAGAACGAAGCAAAAGAAGAAGAAUUGCGCAAAAAGGAAGAGGAACGCAAACGUAAAGAGCAAGAAAAAGAAGAAGCUGAAUUAAAAAAGAAAAAAGCGGCACAAGCUUUUACAAAAUUCUUUGUGGCGAAAACUCCAAAUCAAGCACAGCUUAAAAAUGAGGAGGAUAGCAAUACAGGAGAUGACAACAAACUGUUGGCUUUUAGACCGUUUCAAGUUAAGGGUGAUAUGAAACUAGCGCCGGUGAUACGUAAAAUUUUCACGCCGGAGGCCAAAAAACGCCUAGACAGCCUGCUGGGCUGUAGAAAUGAUGAUGAUGACGAAGAAGAGGAUGUUGUAAGACGCAAACCUCUGCCAAAAACUCAAUUGUAUUUAAGUGAAUUACGUUCUGGUAAAAUAUUGCCCGGCAAGUGGCGGCGGCCAUCAACAGAAUCGAAAGAUGAUGUCAUUCUUGUGGAAGAUGAAUUGGAACGAGUUGGUCAAGAGAUUGUAGAGGAUACACCAGCCUAUAUACGUGAAGAAAUGCGUGUUAAAUUCUAUAAAUUCCAUGAUAAUCGUAGACCUCCCUACUAUGGAACGUGGCGCAAAAAAUCAGCUGUGGUUAAACCUAGAAAGCCUUUUGCUCAGGACAAGAAAUUCUUUGAUUACGAGGUUGAUUCCGACGACGAGUGGGAAGAAGAAGAACCUGGUGAAUCACUGGAGGAUGGCAGUGAUGACGACAAAGAAAAGGAAUCAGAAGAUGAUGACUAUGAAGUAGAUAACGAAUGGUUUGUACCGCAUGGUCACUUGAGUGAUGAAGAAUUACAAAACGAAGAUGAAUUCGGUAUGGGCGAUGACAAUACGCGAGAGGCACAAAAGGCUAAAUUGCAAAUACUACAACAGGAAUUCGCCCAAGAAAUGAAAAAGAAAACAGAAAAGAUAAAGCCCCGCUUAAUAGGAUGUAUAUGGGCUGACAUAAACGGCAAUCAACCGGCGGAAUGUGCAAGAAUAUUAUGGGAUACUUUGGAAAAGAAAGCCAUGCUAUUCACAGAACCACCACUCGUUGAAGAACCAGAAGGAGACAGAUCCGCUGAACCCUCCUUAUCACCUUCUGGCGCAACAAAUGGAAGUGUGGAGAAACCUAAUGCGGAAAAAUUAAAACCUAUAAGUUUAUCCGAUAGCAUGAUUAAAGAUCUUAUACGGCUGUUACAUGGUAAUAAUCAUUCGAAAAACUUUUUAAUUAACGAAUUUAUCGCCUAUAUUGAGAAAACAGAGGAAUCUGUUAAAAAUGGAGAUUUACGCAAACCUCUAAAAUCAGUGGUACGUGAUAAAAUCGAUGAAAUGGCUGAGUGGCAAGCAAUAGAUGCCACUGCUGCUACUAUGCUGGAGGUAGAACAAGCCAACGAUGAUGCUGCCACUGACGGUGCAAAAAAGAAGAAAAAGGCCAAAAGACGUUUGUGUUGGGUAGUUAAACAAGACAGUUUAAAUAAAAUGGAUUUGCCGUCGUUGGAACUACAAAAUUCUUGGGAAUAUACGUUGCCACCCAAAUUUGUAAAGUCCGACAAAGAGGUUAAAACCGACGAAAACGAAAGCACUACAACUACACCUGUUGUAGCAGAGGAUAGUGCAAAACCCAAGAAUACUGCUGCAACAUCACAAAUAACAAAAUUUACAAAAGUUCUAACGGCCGAAGAAAAGGCCUCAAAAUUACAGAAUUCACCUGCAUCAACAGCGAAUACGUCAUCGUCUACUGAUAAAUCUGGCGGCACAGAGACAAAAUCAAACACACCCACCACAUCGAAAGAGAAAAAACGAGUGCCUUUACUAAUGUCGGUAGCCAGGGGUCAACAAAUUCCUACACCAGCUAAAAAUAAGUUGAUCAGCCAAUUUUUACAGCAGAAAGGCAAAGAUAACGCAAAACCCUCCUCUUCGCCAACAACAACAUCAACAAGUAGGUCAAAAACUGUGAUCUCGCCCCAGGUGGAGGAUGACGAUGUAGUGAUAUUGGACUGAUGUAUAAAUUUCUAAUACGAGAAAUGUUGUCUUGUCGUAAGGUUUUUACGUUUUGUUGUUUAUAUAUAGCAUACGUCAUCAUCGUUGUCGUCAGUCCCCUCGCCCCUCUCUCACUCAUUUAAAUAUAAAUAUAUACUGAGUAGGUAGGUGCUUAGAUAUGUUAUAUUCAUAUAUGUAUGUUAGUGUUGUAAGUAAUCAUCAUUCAAACCUUUUUUUAGUUUAUCUUUAAUUCUUAGAGUUAUGUAUUAAAUAAUUUAAAAAGUU